GCUGAUACGAUUACCUCCGUACAUCAGCCAGAGAUUUCAAACGUAUCGUACCAUGGAACACACAAACCUAAAGGAAAACCUCCUCCAGAAUGCCCUAUGCAUAAAUCUAUACAGGAAGAAGCACCAUCAAUGUAUUCCAGCGAAUGUCCGAUUAAUGACAUGGCUCCAAAUGAGAUCAAUCCCUUAAACAUGAUGCCACCAGCUAAUCAACAACCGGCACCAGAUCAGCCUUUCCCACUGCCAACAGAAAGACAAAUUUCAUCCAUACCAAAAGCAACAGGUGAUGGAGAGUUUUGGGUGUACCCUUCGCAACAAAUGUUUUGGAAUGCGAUGCUGAGGAAAGGUUGGAGAUGGAAGAACGACGACAUAACACCGAAGGACAUGGACGAUAUAAUAAAAAUUCAUAAUGCAAAUAACGAAUUGGCGUGGCAAGAGGUGCUUAAAUGGGAGGCACUUCAUGUAAGGGAGUGUGGUACUCCAAAAUUGCGCAGCUUUGGAGGCAAAGCCAAGCAAUAUUCGCCACGUGCACGCAUUCGAUAUUGGAUGGGAUACGAAUUACCAUUUGACCGGCACGACUGGAUUAUAGAUAGAUGUGGAAAGGAUGUACGAUAUGUUAUAGAUUACUACGAUGGUGGGACAAUUGACAAAAAUUAUACGUUCACCUUGUUGGAUGUUAGACCAGCUAUGGAUUCUUUAGAGAACAUUUGGGAUCGCAUGAGGGUUACAUGGAUGCGUUGGAAAUAUUGCAACGAAUCAAGCGAAUCAGAAUGUACGAAAAACGAAGAGAAGAAA